AUGGCGGACCUCGCCCCUGAGAAGGCCCAGUCGGCCUCGGCACCCGCGUCUACCCUCAACUCUGGCGACAAUUCCCGGGCGCCUACUCCUUCAAACGCCGCCGCAGAAAAGGCUCCCGAUGAUAGUUCCAAGUUCAAGACGUUCUUGGGUAUAUUGAGGAGGUUCAUUGGCGUCUCCGACCUCGCUGCCGUCCGAUUCUCUCUUCCCGCACAACUCCUCGAGCCCCGACCAAACUUGGAGUACUGGCACUACUUGGACAGGCCCGACACAUUCAUCAGCAUCGGAGACUCAGAUGACGAUCUCGGCCGCAUGCUGGGAUGCCUGCGCUUCUGGUUCACCAAGGACUUGAAAUACGUCAAGGGCAAGCCAUGCAAGCCCUACAACUCUACCUUGGGCGAGUUCUUUAGGUGUAACUGGAAAAUCGAGGAUACACAUCCCACGCUCAAGACGCCCAACUCGGCUCCCACAAGCGCUGCCAGUAGCACCAAAGGCAGUGGCAAGAAGGUGACCGUCUCCUACCUUACCGAACAGACAUCACAUCACCCCCCGGUUUCGGCUUUCUACGUCGAUUGCCCGGAAAAGGGAAUUAGCGCGCGAGGAUAUGAUCAGAUAAGCGCAAAGUUUACUGGUACGAGCGUGCGUGUUGCGGCUGGUGCUCACAACCUGGGGAUCUUCAUCACCCUGAAGAACCGCGACAACGAGGAAUACCAGCUCACCCACCCAGCAGCUUACCUGGGAGGUAUCCUGCGAGGCUCCUUGAACGUCUCCGUCGCUGACAGCUGCUUCAUCACCUGCCCAAAGACUGGAUUGAAGGUCAUCCUAGAGUAUCAGGAAGAAGGCUGGCUCGGUCGGUCCCAAAAUAAGGUCAUGGGGGUCAUCUUCAAGUAUGACCCAAAUAACGACACCAUAACAAAGAUCAAGGACGUUUCAGACAAAGACGUUCUUGGCCGGAUAGAGGGCAGCUGGCAAGACAAGGUUUAUUACACUCUCGGAAGCAAGCCCUUUUCCAAGGUCUCCGAGAAGAACCUCAUCAUCGACCUCAACCCACUCGACCCCGUCGCCAAGAUUGUACCGCCGAUUGAGAAGCAACUUCCCAACGAGUCUCUCAAAUUCUGGGAGGGUGUCACAAACGCCAUAGUAGGCAGGCAAUAUAGCGUGGCUACCACCCUAAAGACCGAGAUUGAAGAGAAGCAACGGCAAAAGGCUGCGGAGCGCAAGGCAGCCGACAAGGAGUGGCAGCCGCGAUUCUUCACCGGAGCCGUUACGCCUAUCGGAAAGCCGGACCUUACCAAAGAUGGUGAGGAGGCGCUCAAAGGUCUCCAUGAGGAAAACUAUGACCUCCCGCCAAAUCAAGAAUAUGGUGCUUUCUAA